AUGGCAGACAAAGACAGUGUGGAGAAGUACCUGGAGAAUAACCCCCAGGUUGCCAAAGAGUACUUUGAUAAAAAGCUGAGGGCUGAGGUACUCUCUGCAGCGUUCACAGACAACUUGGAAAUCAAAGAUCCGGCCUCUUUCAAAGAUGUAACCCUAGCUCAGGAAGCCGCCUUGAUCUUUGACAUGGUCAAGGAGCUGCAGACAGCGACCAACAUGGAGAAGUCAAUGCAUAAGGUCCUGCAGAGAAUAUGCCUUCUGGUGAACGCAGACAGGUGCAGCUACUACGUCUGCAGGUCCAGGAAUGGAAUACCGGAGCUGGCGACCAUGCUCUUCAAUGUCACACCAACCUCCAAAUUUGAGCAGAACCUUGUCGAUCCAAACUCGGAGAUUGUGUUCCCUACAGAUAUGGGCAUUGUGGGCUUUACAGCGCAUUCGAAAAAGCUGCAGAAUGUUCCGGAUGUGAAAAAGGUUUCUCAUUUCAGUGACUUUGUGGACAAGCAGACAGGGUACACAACAAAGAAUAUGCUCUCAGCUCCAAUCCUGAAUGACAAGGAUCCUAUUGGUGUUGUCAUGGCAUUAAAUAAAAUUGGAGGGGAUCAAUUUUCAAAAGCUGACGAGGAGAUCUUUGCAAAGUACUUGAACUUUGCAUCAGUUAUUGCUAAGCAGCACUACACUGCAUACUUGUGGAAUGUGGAAUCCAGGAGGAGUCAGGUGUUGCUGUGGUCAGCCAGCAAGGUUUUUGAGGAACUCACGGAUAUUGAGCGUCAGUUUCACAAAGCUUUGUACACUGUGAGAACCUACCUCAACUGUGAGAGGUAUUCUGUCGGUCUCCUGGACAUGACCAAAGAGAAGGAAUUCUAUGAUGAAUGGCCAGUCAAACUUGGAGACGUAGAACCAUACAAAGGUCCAAAGACCCCAGAUGGGAGAGAAGUGAACUUCUACAAGAUCAUCGAUUACCUUCUGGAAGGAAAGGAAGAGAUUAAAGUCAUACCGACACCCCCUGCCGAUCACUGGGCCCUAGUUAGUGGGCUUCCAGCCUAUGUCUCAGAGAACGGCUUUAUCUGUAACAUGAUGAACGCCGCAGCAGACGAAUACUUCACAUUCCAGAAAGACGCUGUGGACGAAACCGGCUGGAAGAUAAAGAACGUCCUGUCGCUUCCUAUUGUCAACAAGAAGGAAGAAAUUGUUGGAAUUGCCACAUUCUUCAACAGAAAAGAUGGCAAACCAUUCGAUGAACAUGAUGAGCAGAUCACUGAGGCGCUCACCCAGUUCUUGGGAUGGUCUGUCCUGAACUGUGACACCUAUGACAGGCUCAACCGAAUGGAAAACAGGAAGGACAUUGCACAGGAAAUGCUCAUGUAUCAGACCAGGUGUACCAAAACCGAGCUUCAGACUAUUCUGAACACGAUGGAGAAGUUCAACCAAGAGCCAGAGGACUGUGAUCAGAAAGAAAUGUACAAACUCUUGAGAUCAACUAUCCCUGAGUGCAAAGAUGUGGAAUUGCUGGAGUUCCACUUCAGUGACUUCCCUGUGACGGAGCACGACCUGAUCAAGUGUGGGAUCCGAUGCUUCUUUGAGCUGAACGUUGUGGAGAAGUUCAAAGUUCCUGCAGAGGUUCUGGUUAGAUGGAUGUACACCGUUCGGAAAGGUUACCGAGACAUUACAUAUCACAACUGGAGGCAUGGGUUCAAUGUGGGCCAGACCAUGUUUGCUCUUCUACUGACUGGAAAACUGAAGAAAUAUUACUCUGACCUCGAUGCCUUUGCAAUGGUGGCGGCUGCAUUUUGUCAUGACAUUGACCACAGGGGAACCAACAACUUGUACCAAACAAAGAGCGCAUCUCCUUUGGCUAAACUACAUGGAUCAUCCAUUAUGGAGAGACACCAUCUUGAGUACAGCAAGACACUAAUGGCAGAUGAGAGCCUCAACAUCUUCCAGAACCUUCAGAAACGUCAGUUUGAGACAGUGCAACAUUUGUUUGACGUUUGCAUUAUUGCCACAGAUCUGGCGUUGUACUUCAAGAAGAGGACAAUGUUUCAGGCAAUUGUUAAUGCCACGGAGCCAAUGGCAGAGGAGCAAGACAGAAUCAGCCACAUUGCAAACAAUCCCAUCAGGAAGGAGAUUGUCAUGGCAAUGAUGAUGACAGGCUGUGAUCUGUCUGCCAUCACAAAACCAUGGGAGGUCCAGAGCAAGGUUGCUCUCAUGGUAGCAGCUGAAUUCUGGGAACAAGGAGACCUGGAGAGGACAGUUCUGGAUCAGCAGCCCAUUCCCAUGAUGGACAGAAACAAAGCGGAUGAGCUUCCCAAGAUGCAAUGUGGUUUUAUUGAUUUUGUGUGUUCAUUUGUGUACAAGGAAUUCUCAAGGUUCCAUAAAGAAAUUACACCGAUGUUCGACGGACUGAACAACAACAGGAUGCACUGGAAGGAGCUGGCCGACGUCUACGAUGCUAAGAUGAAGGCUAUAGAGGAGCAGAAGAAGGCGCUGGAAGGCAAUGACAAAAAAGAUGGUGAAGGCGGCGACGGGUCGAAGUCCAAAACCUGCACCAUAUUUUAG